GUCUCGUUUCUCUGCUGUUGGACCAAGUUUAUCCCAGCCACAAAGAUGUCUUCCUACAGGCAGGUCUGCAGCUACGGCAGCUACUCGCCCUGCGACGUGAGCUGCCCCGCGCCGUACGCCAACGCCUGGAGCCAGCCUUGUGUCACCUCCUGCGGGGAUUCCCGUGCCGUGGUCUACCCCCCACCCGUGGCCAUCGUCUUCCCGGGCCCCAUCCUCAGCUCCUGCCCUCAGGAGAGCUUCGUGGGCACCUCAGCCCCCCUGGAGAUAGGCAGCUCCUUUGGCUACGGGAGCUCCCUGGAUGCCCAGAGCUCCUUCGGGUCCGGUGCCUACCUGGGUGGCAGGUUCUCCUACCCCUCCUAUUCCCGCAGCUGUGGGACAUACCGCCCUGCUAAGCCCUGCAAGGUUUCCCCCUAUGACAAGACCCAGCAGAAACAAGACCAAAUUCGCAACCUGUGAGUGAGGGGAGGCGCGUGGCUUUCAGAGGGGCUGCGAGAGUCUUCAGGAGCUGGACACAUUCAUCUAUCCUGAGAAGCAAGCCCAGACACUAUCCUUCCCGUUUGUAUUAGAUCUCUGCUCACAACAUUCUGAAUCUGUGCUUAACCCCUUUUUUCGUGGCUUUUGUGUAAAUUUAACUUAAUUCCUCUGUAUUGUUCCCUGCAGUAUUGCUGUAGUCUGAUAAAUCCCAUUUUCCAGUUCCAAUAAAAUCCUUUCAG